UUGAGCGGACCUCUCUUUCACUCACAAAUUUUCUCCCAACGGCCACACGCACGGCUUUUGUUCUCAAAAGUCACAUUUUGUACAUGGACACAAAAUAUAGUGACAUUUUUUGUAUUCAGAAAAUCAUUGGCGACUUUACUCGUUUAACACCAAAUUGACGAAUUAGAGAAAAUUAUUAUUUUUUGAAUCAUAAAUUUGUAAAAUCACACAAGUGGACAUUAUAUAAUUGGACUGGUCAAAGUUGACGGUCAUAACGUACCAAAAGGUUCCUCCAGUUUGACCAGGAUGAAGAAUUUCCUGCAGAAGAGAGAUUGCGUGGGAUGGAUUCUACAAUUCACUGUUAUCUUUGCCUAUUUCGGCUCCAGUGAUACCGACACCGACGUGCUUCACCCACUCGGCGUGAACGUAAAUUUCCCUCCAGGUUCUUCCGGAGCGUCGUCCUCAACACCAAACAACGGGAAAAGAAGCAUGAAUGAUGUUGAUACGAGCGGCUACAAAUUGAGAACAAAACGAGCCAGCGAGGACACACCUCACGACACAAAUGAAAUGAAACUGUGGGAUCAAAUCUUUGCCAACGCCCUGGCCACGUCCAAUACAUCACAGUGGGUGCAUCUGAGAGAAAUUUUUGACCGAGUAGAAGAAGAACUUCAUAAAACCAAAUCGACCGGAAAUACGUCGCUGAACCAACUCAAUAAAAUCCACAACAGCUUUCUUGUCCCUCAUCCACCUCAUCAAGCAACUUUUGUCGGUCCUCUACCCAAAACUUUGGGACGAUCUAAACAUCCAAAAUUUAUUUAUCACCGAGUAUCUGGUCCCCUUAGGGGCAGAGGACGCCCUUUUGCUGCAGUUUCUCUCGCCACAGCAGAUUCAGAAGAUCAUACGAGAGAAAAUAAAGCCACAGAAAAUACUCUGAAUGCUGAUCACACCUCUUGGGAAUCUAAAAAUGAUCACUUUUUCCGUGAUGCAGACUACCCACAUGACCAACAUGGACGAGAAAGUGCUGAAGAACACGAAACUCUUUUAAACGACGAUUUCAGCCACUUUAAAAACUUUGACCACUCUGAGCCCACGUCACAUCUAUCGAACAAGUUUAAAAGCUUUCAAAACUUUGAUGGUCCCAGUAGCAGCCGCUCUUCCAAGAAUGCCCAAUUUGAGGUCACCGGUCACAACCACCUCAAAAAUGGGAAGGAAGACAGAGUAUUAGUCUUGGAAGAUAGGUCGCAUUCACAUGUUCCGGCGUCGGAGCGGCGUGACCACUACGACGUGAAUAAAGGGAGACACCAUCACCACCACCAUAAAGAUAAAGCUGGUCACUUUCACCUCAGAACUUGGGAAAGUCAAGACGAUAUGAGGCCAAAGGACUGUCACCACCACCACCAAACUAGACGGCAAAGGAAGAAACACUACCAUAAAGCCCAUCUCCUUGACCAGGAAUAUCUUGGAGGAGAUUGAAAUUACCAACUUGUUACUUACUACAUACUCCUACGGGCCUUCCUAUCUUCAAUUCUCAGAUAUUCUCUACAUUUUUAUUUCUUAAAUGUAUUUUAUCUAAAAAUUGAUCUGUAAUAGAUAUAUAAAAUACAUAAUUGGCUAUUCAUAUCAGUAAUGUAAGUACUUCCAUGAAAAGAAGAAAAAAUCGUAUCCCACAUUUAUAUGUGAUCCAACAGUAUUACUUAUUGCAUAUAUUUAUCAAAUUACCAAAUUGUGAAGAAGCACUUAGCCAUAAAUUUAUACAUUAUAUACAGUAAUAUGUACCUAUAAAAUAAUAUCUAACUUGUAAGUAUAAUUUCUAGAUCAUUCAUAUUUGCUCUUUACAAUGAAAUAAGGUCGGCACUCAUCAGUCUUUUUUUAUCAUAACUAUAAUGCACUCUAGUUUUAAGUAAUAAUCUCGUCUGAUAAGGAAAAGUAUUAGAUAAGUACUACGCAUAGCAUGCGCCUAUAAAUUGGGUUAGCAUGCCAGACAGACUCGGGUAGCUCCUCCUUGAAAAGAUCCUUUGUUAGAUAAAGUCUCUUAAAAUAAAUGGAUGUUUGAAUUACAGAGUAAAUGUAUGUACAUAGAAUGUAAGGCAAAGAUUUAUUCAUGGAAUGCUAGCCACCCUCCCUAACUAUUGUAAUAAAUAAGACUACUACUCCCA